AUGGGCGAAGACGCCAAAGCAGUGGCACUCGUCGACGCUGUCCACGCUGGCGAUACCACCCGCGUGGCUGCGCUACUCCGUGGCCACGCCGACGCCAAUGCCCGCAACCAGCUUGGUGAGCUACCGCUCUUCGAGGCUGUGAGACGAGGGCGGCACGACAUGGUGCGCUUGCUCCUGGACGCUGGUGCCAAGCCCGACUUGCCGAGUCGAACCGGAGCGACGGCGCUCUUGGCUGCUGCCGAUGCAGGCGACGUCGACCUCGUCCGACAGCUCGUGCGGGCCCGCGCAAACGUCAACUUUCGUCAUUCGAGUGGCGUAACGGCCAUCAUCCUUGCUACGCAACGCGGGAGCGAGGACUCGGUGGUCGUCCUCAUCAAUGCGGGCGCCGACGUCCGGUCGCGGACGUGGGCGGGGGUGACACCCAUUCUGGCGGCCGCAGAGCAAGGAAAUGUUGCGAUCGCGCGCCGCUUGCUUGAUGCUGGCGCCAAUAUCUUGGACGUUGAUCAGGAUUGCUAUGGCGUUCUCCAUUAUGCGGCAAAAGAAGGUCAUGUCGAGAUGCUGGAUGUCCUUGUCGCAUCUGGAGCCGCAGUUGACGCGGUGUCCGUGACCGGAGCGACGCCGUUGCAUUGUGCGUGCGUGAUGGGCCACGCUUUGGUAGUUGAUGCGCUUUUGACCGAGACUUAUCCGUACGCCGACGAGACGGGAGCGACGCCGCUCUGCGAGGCAGCUGCCAACGGGCACACGGAGGUCGCACGUGAGCUUGUCAGAGCGGGUGCUAUGAUGCUCGAACGUGCCAAGGUGGCUGCACGCUCGUUGGCAAAGCUACAAGAAGUUGGCAUUGGCUGCUACAGUAUCGUCUUCAAGGACACGCACUGUGGCCAAGACGUAGCCGUCAAGGUGUAUCGAAAGGCCCAUUUAAGCACUGCGAUCAUUCGAGACAAGAUCCAAGUCCUCAAAGACAACCCGUCGCCGUACAUUGUGCGGCUGCUCGCCACAGCAGACGCGGAAUCGGACGCGCCGCAGCUCAUCUUCGAGUACAUGGAUGGCGGCAACCUCACUUCGUACCUCGAGAAGCUGGCCUUGGGCAAGUAUGUUCCUGUGGUGUACGAUCCCAUUGAGAUUCUCUGGGUCGUUGCCAACGCCUUAAACGACCUUCACGCCAAGAACGUCGUCCAUCGGGAUAUCAAUACCGACAACAUCCUCCUCUCUUCCAAGUACUACAUCAAGGUGGCAGACCUCGGUGCCGCCAAGAAAGAGUCAACGAAUAUGACGACGGGUGCUGGCACGAGCAAGUGGCGAGCGCCCGAAGUCCUCACGUCCGGAAGCGGCUACGGGAAGGCGGCCGACAUUUACUCGUUCGGGAUUCUCCUCCAGACGCUGUACCCUAACCCUUUGCAUGCAAGCGCUGAGUGGGCCCAAGCUCUCGCAGCGGACUGCACGGCGAUCGAUCCAACGCACCGCCCGACGGCGACCAAGCUUGUUGAAAUCCUGCAGCUACAAAUGCGGCAUUCGCAGCUGGUGGUGUCGUUGCCAGCGUUCUUGCAUGACCAAAAGGUUGGUCCUCCAGCCAUCGACGUCAUCCCCAUCAACCCAACUGUGGUGGCCCGGAAGCUUGGACCCUCGCCGUCAACUCUCAAGACGGGCGAGACGGGUCUUAUCAUAGCCACGUGCCUGGGUCACUGCGACAUUGUCAGCGUCCUGUUGGCACGCGGGGCCAACGUGAACGCAGCUCAAAUCUUUGGCCACACGCCGUUGCAUCUCGCCAUCAAAAAGAACAACAAGGAGGCCCUCGACGUACUUUUGCGCGCCAAUGCCAACGUCAACGCAGUGACCAACAAAAAAAACACGCCACUGCACUAUGCGACAAAGUCUCGACUUGAUGCGGUCGUCGCGCUGCUCAUUGCCCAUGGCGCCGACGUCAAUGGCCGCAACAAUGACAACGAGAGUGCGCUCCAAGUCGCUUGUCGCAUACGCUUUGUGGCUGCAGUGCCCAUUUUACUGACGCAUGGCGCCGACGUCAACACCAAGCAUAACGGGCUAUCACCUCUGUGGGACGCCAUCAUGAGCAACUGCUCUGAUCUUGCCGCCGCUCUCCUUACGUCGUCCGAGAUCAACAUCAACGAGCAGGACGAGCUUGGCAACUCACUUUUGCACCUGGCUGUCAUGAAGCACAACACAACCAUUGCCCGCUUGCUUGUCGGUGCCAAAGUCGACGUCGAUGUCGUCGACGCGGAAACCAAACCAUGUACGAGCUCUUGCUUCCGGCGUCCGACCACGUAUACAAUCUUUGUCUUGAUUCGCAUCCUGAAUCUCACGAGCUUGUAG